AGUAGCUUGAGUUUUGUUUGAAGUGAACUGGUGCUUGGGAUUGCCCUACAAGCUGCAAAGUCGCCAAGCAUUUGAUUUUAACAGUAUAUUUUUCACAUUUUAUCCAUAUCCUUUUAGUGCCUCUAUGCAUCGUAGAGACGAUGUUAGGCCAUCACUACCCAAAUGCCGACAAGUCCCAACAACUGGUCAACUAUGUGGAGGAUUAUCUGGAAUGUGUGGAGUCUCUGCCUUUGGACAUACAAAGAAAUGUUUCUCUGCUUCGAGAAAUUGAUGCCAAGUAUCAAGAGGUGCUGAAGGAGGUGGAUGAAGUAUUUGAGAAGUACAAAGGUGAACAGGAUGUAGCUCAGAGAAAGCGCUUGCAGAUCCAGCUGCAGAGAGCACUCAUCAUCAGCCAGGAGCUGGGCGAUGAGAAAAUCCAUGUAGUGACCCAGAUGACGGAGCUGGUGGAGAACCGCUCCCGCCAGAUGGACUCCCACUCUCUUUGCCUCCAAGAGCCUAGCGAGGCAGAACGUCUAACUACAGAACGACGCUCCAGCAUCCAGGACUCCCCAGCCCCUGAGCGCACAUCGGCCCGGCGCCCACGCCGCCAGCGCAACAGUGAGAGCCGUGAAUCCAGCCACCCGUCAGCUAAUGGCUCUCUUGUGGAUGACCCCGUGGAGGAACUGUCCAUCCCUCCACCUAAGGAGAAGAAGUCCAAGUCCGCGAAGAAAAAGAAGCGCAAGGCUAAACAGGAGCGAGAUGCCUCACCUGUUGACUUCGCCAUCGACCCCAACGAACCCACCUACUGCCUCUGCGAGCAGGUAUCAUAUGGUGAGAUGAUCGGCUGCGACAACGACCAGUGCCCCAUUGAGUGGUUCCACUUCUCCUGUGUGGGGCUGACGUACAAGCCCAAGGGCAAGUGGUACUGCCCCAAAUGCAGAGGGGACAACGAAAAGACCAUGGACAAAAGCCUAGACAAAAACAGAAAAGACCGCAGAUCCAGGUAGUGACCUGUCUUCAGUCGGCCUUCUCACAUUGAAGAUGUCUUCAGCCUGAGGGUUAAGAUUAUCAGCUAUAGUUGAUAACAGUACUCAUGAUAUUGUAAGAGCACAAUCGAACACCAUUAGUAGCAGUGCUUAUUAUUAAUCAAGGACAAGCUGUGAUUGAACUUGUACUGUUACAUCACUGAUUGUUUCCACUGGCUAACUCUACUGUAGUUUGUAGGGAGUCCAACUGCUGCAAGAAUUAUCAGCUCGAGGCUGCCAUCUUCUUCACAUAUUUUGCUCUUUGCGAGAAUUUUAUUUUUUAUUUUGACUUUCAUGAAUAAAUAAAAGCAUCUUUUGGUUUACUGUC